GUGUCUUGGUGAAAUUUAGACCAUAUAGAACUGAGAGAGUGCUUUUGGGGUUUUCACUUUUGCAGGAAAUGGCUGCUCAGGAAGACCAAAAGGACAUCAAGCUUCCCUCUGAUUCGAUUCCCGAAGGCUGGGUUCUGGAUACCAUGGUGCAAGAUGAUGGUACCGAAGUCCAGUGCUACCUUUGUCCACCAACUGAUCAACGUUUCUACACUUACGAAGAUCUGAUGCGAUACGUGAGGUAUGCCAAACGGGCCAAGGUUUCCAUCUAUGCUGAUAACUUUUGGGAGACGGUGGAGAAGGAAGAUGGCUUUGGACCAAUCAAGAGAGAAGGGCAUAGCUCAAAUCCUUUGGCUGGCAUUAAGAUAAGAGACAUCAAGGGCAAAUCUGUUGUGACGUCUGACUGAAGUUAGCAAAAUGUUAUGUUGAAUAAUAAGUGGAUUGUCUUUUCCAUUUCCGAAUGCUUUGGUCCUGUGGUGAUUUCCGCAUAUAUUUUCGUUUCUUAAGUGUCUUUGAAGUUGAAGUCUGAAUGACUAAAUACUAUUGUAUGUACUCUGUUUAAUUAUCAGUUUGCCUUUUGUUUCGGUUAUGUUUUUCUUUAUUUUCGGGUUUGCUUUUCUUAUUUUAUGAAGAGAGAAAAUAUGAUCCAUAAAUAUAUAUUGCAAGCUAUUUAGAA